AUGACAGCAGCAACCACGACGACUGCAACUACGUCUACUGCUGCUGCUGCUGGUGCGGGCGCUGCUGCUGCGAGCGACGAGCGAUUGCUGCAGAAGGUGCAGAAGGAGCAUCGCGACGCCUGCGCCGAGCUUGACGCUGCGGACGAGAUGCUUGCUGGCACGCAGAACACCCUCGCGCUGAUGCAGCUCCAUGCGUACGAGAUCUCGUUCCGAACACUCGAUCUGCUGACCCCGUUGGAGCAGGCUGAAAUUGAGGCCAAUCUCAAUGCGUGCAAGGCGUCCAUCGCAAAGUUCGAAACACAGAGCGUUUCUUAA